GUCAGACCAAACCUCCAAGUUAUCAAUGUUGAACAAAACUAUACGCGUUAAGUCUAGCUGCAUCAAGACAUUAGCUACCUUCUCCAAGGCAGUUGACCCGUGAAUGGAUCUGGAUCUGAGUAUAUUGAUCCCAUUCCCAGCACUGCUUCACCGGGCCAGAGCAUCUCUUCUUCAACCACACGCAUAGCUGCUGCUUCUCUACAACUAGGCUCUCAGGGUCGAUCGUGUCUGGUGUUUCACGCAAGAGAUUGCCAAAAGGGACGAUCUGAGGAGAUAUAUAGGAGAGAUCCAUAAAUGGCAGAGGAGGCCAAUGGAGUGGUAGAUGGACGAGGCGAGGAAGCCCGCAACCACAAGUCAUGGUCUGAUGUGUGGGCGCAUUUCGAGCGUUUCUUAGGCGCCGAUGGGAGGCAGAGAGCAAGGUGCAAAAAGUGCGGCAUAGAACUAUUGGCUGAAACCAAAAAUGGCACCAGUCGCCUUGGACGGCAUGCCCGAGACACUUGUCCAGGGAAUGGUGGUGCUCCAGAGCAGCAGCAAGGACGCCACAGGAAACGUGCAAGAUCACUACCAAUUCUUCGUGAAUCACCAGGUACCAGUAAGCUUGCCAUGGAGGAAGCUAAUGCAGACCUGGCUAGAAUGCUCGCCUUUCAUGGAUACCAUCCAUCUUUUGUUCAAGACAGAUACUUCCGGAGCUUCGUGCGACGGCUUAACCCUGAUUUUCAGAUACCCUCAUGGGAUGCCAUUCAAGAGAUGUCCAAUGGUAUCCUGGAAAAAGCACGGAGGGAUUUCAGCUCUGAAAUAGAUCGCACUUCUUCAAACCUCAGUUGGGCAAUAGACACAGUUGAAACUGUCGACGGGAUAGCCUUAUAUGUUGCGUGCCACUUUAUAGAUGAUGAAUGGAAUCUUCGUAAGAUGAUCAUGGAUCAGUACGGAGUUGCAACUCGCCACUAUUUCCCCGAAUUAGGUAGCAAUACGUAUGAGUACUGUCUCAAAGAUGGAGAUGACUGCUCGACGGUUGCUGAGUGCAUAGGUUACCUUGAUGAGUUAGCUAAUUGUUUCAGCAUGAUAGUCGGAAAAACCGGUAAUCUGAUGGAUUACUUGGCCUUGGAGAAAGAUUCAGGUGUUGUUCAUAAGUCCACCUUUGUGAACGUAGUGCUUCACUCAAUCGCCCAAUGUCUUUUUGACAAUCUAAAACUAGAAUUCUAUUUGGAUGUAUGCUUCGACAUGUCGAUUGCGGAAACUAGUCAAGAGGUUUAUUCACAGCUUGGCAUGGAUGAGCUUCGACCAUACCAAAACCAGUGGUAUUUAUGCUAUUGUUGUGUGCAAUUUCUUCAUCACAAUAGAGAUGAUGAAGUUUCAGAAUUCGAGAAAUUAUUGAGCAAGCUUUGGGGAGAAAUAUACCGUGCCAUUAAAACUGUCUCUGAUCCCAGUUUUCCAACUUCACAUCUUGGCCUUGUGGAAUUGUUUAAGAUCAGAGACCUUUUGCAGUCUGAACUGACAAGAGCCAGUGGAGAUACAACACCAACUUACGAGUACAGUUGUUUUGACAAGGAUGUUAAGCAUGUUCUUGAACUUGCAAAAGGCGAAGUAGACAGGAGCAUAGAAGAUUCAUACCGUGUAUGGUCCUUACCACUUGUGCUAGACCCCAGAUACAAACUCGGAUACAUAGAAUUCAAGUUCCCUAAGGUGUUUGGCACUGCCGCAGUGGCAGAAAACAAUAUCUCCAAGGUAAAAGAAUUCCUCAGGAAGACAUUUGAUGAUUACGAUGAAGAUGAUGAAACCACUGAUGGAGAUCCAAGUCAUAUCACUACAUUAGAUCAAGCAUGGUAUGAGCAGUACUGUUUAGAGGAUGGCGUGGCAGGGCCACAGGUAGCUGGCACAGAACUUGAUCGUUACCUCCAAGAUCCUCUCGUCCCUCCAACAGACAUUUUUAACAUUCUGAACUGGUGGAAGGUUAACAGCUCAAACUACCCGAAGGUGGCUAGGAUGGCAAGGGAUGCUCUGGCCAUUCCCACAAGCAACAGCCUUUCCUCUGAACAAAUCUCCGUGCUCAAUCUGUUGAUAUAUAAAAAAGCGUUAGUAUGACAUGAUUCACCAGUCCAUGUAAGACACUAAAGAGCAGUCUAGCACCAUACAAACAUUCAUCAGUUCUUGAAUCUACCCAUCCAGUUCCAGACUUCCAGGAGUGUGGCCUUUGUUGUCAGCUUCUUCCACCUAGCUCCUUGCUUGUGUCCCUUCAUUAUUUGUGCUGUUUUCUUGUUGAAAUGUAAUAAACAACCCUCUUCCAUAUGCUUCUAGUGGUAAGGCGGCGGAUGAUGUUUGUUCAGAUAGAAGUUAAAAAUUAUCUAUUGUAAACAAAUAUAUGUUACGUA